GGGGAACCCAGAGAGGAUGUUCUCGUCUGCAUCCAGAAACUCUCUGUUCUCGCCCUGGACGUCCAUGGAGCAGUCGGACUGCGAGGGGCUGGACAUCAGCACCAAGGUGCAGCUGCACGGCGUGCUGUGGAAGAGACCCUUCGCACGGCCGUCGGCCAAGUGGUCCCGCAGAUUCUUCAUCAUCAAGGACAGCUUCCUGCUCUACUAUGCGGAGAGCGAGAAGAGGAGCUUUGAGACCAACAGGUACCUCAACAUCCACCCCAAGGGGGUCAUUCCUCUGGGAGGAUGUGUGGUGUCGGCCAACGAGGACAUGGGGAUGCCGUUCGCCAUCGUGAUCAACCUCGAAGAUUUUACAGGUACCAUCGUCCUGGCCGCCGAGUCUGAGGAGGAGCAGGUCCAGUGGAUGGAGAUGCUGCAGGAGUCAGGGAAAGUCACCUGGAGAAACGCCCAGCUGGGCGAGGCCAUGAUCGAGAGUCUGGAGGCUCAGGGGCUGCAGCUGGCCAAGGAGAAGCAGGAAUACCUAGAUAAACUGAUGGAAGAAACAGAGGAGCUGAGUCAUCAGAGAGCACAGAGAGAGGAGCUGGAGCGUCUGAACCAGGUUCUGGAGGAGGAGAAGAUGAAGUUUGAGGAGGUUGUUCUGGAGCUGAAGGCCGAGCAGGAGCAGAUCAAACUAGAUCUGGAUGGCACGGCUCAGUCUCUGAGAGGAGUCGAGCGAGAAAAGGAGGAGCUGAGCAGCCUAACGGUGACGCUGCAGAAAUCCAUCGAGGAACUCUCUCAGGAGAAGCAGCGAACUCUGGAGCUGCUGGGAGUGAAGGAGCAGGAGGAGAAGGAGGCGAAGAGCGAGGAGGAGGAGGAGGAGCAGCCGGGAGACGUGGACCUGCUGCAGGACCUGCGACACAUCGAGGAGCAGAUGAAGGUCCUGCUGAGGGAGAAGGAGCAGACUGAGGAGAAGCUGAAGGAGAACGAGCAGCAAGCCAAAGUCCUGCAGCAGGAGAGCGAGUACUACUCCAGCCAGGCCCGCGCUCUGCAGCAGUCGCUCUCCCAGCUCAGUGUGGACAAGCAGCAGACUGAAGCCGAGCUCAAGGCGGAGAUCGAGUCUCGGGUGGAGCUGGAGAAAAGGCUGAAGCAGGCCGAGGAGGCUCUGCAGGGACUGGAACAGGGUCUGAACGCUCUGGAGAGGACCAGGGAGAGGGACGAGAAGAUGAAGGGCGACGUGACGCAGCUGAGGAGGUUCUUCGAGGAGUGUAUCUGUGCAGCGGAGAUCGAGGCCAAGCUCCCAGCGAUAAUGAAGAACGCCGUGUACCUUCACAAAGCUGCCGCACGCAGAAUCAAGAGCUGCCGGAUCCAGAGACGAGCGUCCAGACGCCACUGGUUGAAACACUCCAAGUCGUUCGCGGUCGCCAACUCUGACGGCGGCAGCGUGGAGGAGCUGAGGGAGACGGCCCGGCGGCUGACCUCCGACAGCAGCUUCAGAGAGAGCGUCUACAAGAUCAUCACCCGCAAGGAGCCCACCGAGUGCUGAGCGGAGCCAG